AUGGACCCUGGAUAUACAUAUGGUCAUGAGCCCGUAAGACAUUUUGACGAAGAUGACCUGAAGAGCGACCCCGGAGACCGCACCUCCGCACGGCCUCAGUCGACAGCCGACUCUAGCUAUUCCAAGCAACCUGUUUUACCGAGGCUAGAAAUCUUCGAUCAGUCCACGCCCUCCAAGCCUGACAACUUCAGGGUUUCUCCAGCCACCCCAUUACCCAACUGGGAUGCGGACGACACGUGGACCCCUAUCGAGAACGACUCUGCUCGGUACUGGGAUAGUGCGCUUACGGACCUAUCCGAACGGACUUUAGCACCAACAGGAACGACGUCCGAGAGUGAUCUCGACGCUGUAUUGGCAAAUUGGUCAGGACGAGGCACUCACGUGGAUUUCCAGAGCCACGAAGAGGUUCCCUUAGUGCAAGGCCGGUUCUUAGGACACGGUUCUAUGGGUAGUGUGUUCGAAACAAAUGUACAAGGUCAUACCUUCGCCUGGAAAAGACGUUUCUGUCGGCGUAAAAUUGGGGAGGCAGAAAGAAAAGAGAUCGAGAUCCUGAAGAAAGUGUCCCAUCACCACAUCAUCAGAUUCGCCGGGUCCUACUCACAUCGACAAUUUCUCGGGCUGUUGCUAUACCCGGUAGCAGUAUGCGAUCUAGCGACCUUCCUAGAAGAUUUCGAAUCCUUGCUGCCGAACAGCGAUCGGGAUUCUGCACGAGAAGAAAGAAUGACGGCACUUGGAUUAUCUUGCAGGAACCUUGAAUCGGAGUUCUACCGCUGCUCACUGCUUCUAGCUCGAAGAAUGGGUUGUAUAAUAUCUGCAGUUGAAUACCUGCACAGCCAGAGCAUUCGACACAAGGACCUUAAACCUUCGAACAUUCUUCUUUCGGCAGAGAACCUCUGGUUGACGGACUUUGGCACGGCCACUGACUUCUCCGACCAAACUAUGAGUACCACCGAGGGGAUCGAGCGUGGGACGCCGAAGUAUUUCGCCCCUGAAGUGGCUGCCUAUGAGGGUAGCGGUCGUCCUGCGGAUAUAUUCUCACUGGGGUGCGUCUUGCUAGAGAUGUACACGAGCCAGCAAGUGGCAGGGCUGAAAAUGCUACGAGAUCUGAGGAGCCAACACGAUAAGAGUUUUCAAGCAAACCUUGAGUCCAUCUACGAUUGGCUUUCACAACCUGCGAAGGGGGAUGUUAUAUUCGAUCAUCAAAUCAAGUAUCAAGUGAGGAAAAUGCUUGCGAGGGAAUCCGCACGGCGACCUACAAUUGGUCAUGUGAGAGAGGCGUUCGCGUUGAUUGAUACUGCCCAAGAGUUUUCUGGCAAUCAACCUCUUUUCGGAGUCUGCUGCAGGAGGUUAUUUUUAUCUAAAGAGAGACACGACUGGCUAGUAGAGAACGAACGAACUCGUACCGCGGAGCGCGUUAGAGGCGAGAUGCAGAAGACGAUUGACGAUCUAAGAAAAGAGAGGGACCAGCUACAGCAUCGUACAAUUGAGUUGCAGCAGACCGUGGAUCAACAAAUGUGGAACCUUAAUGCUUGGGUGCAGCGAGACGCCCUACGUCUCAACGAAGAGGCAACAAUGGACGAUAUUCGCACCGAAACCCGUUCUGCUGAGUUACCAGCACAGUCUACGGCUCGCGCUUUGAGAAAGCUCAAACCGAUGUCACCUGAGAGUUUCUCGCGACCUUCAUCACUCAAUGGCGUAGAUGGCUCACGAGAACCGUUCGGUCCUUCAUAUUCAACAUCCAAGGAUGUAUCCGCCGAUGAAAUAGAUGAAGACACCCAGGCAUUGUUGUUAGAUCAUGAGCAGUGGCAGUGGAAAUAUGAACCCUACACGCUGGAUAGGGAAUAA